CUUCCGCUUCCGGCGGUUUGAAGGCAAUGGCGGGCAGCCCGUUCCCGCCCUCGCCGCCGGGCCUGGUGGCGGAGCUGGAUUCCUCCCUGUUGCUGCUGGAGGCAGGCGCCGGCGGGCGGGCGCCGGCAGAGCAGCAGCCGGCAGAGCAGGAGCGGGUAGAGCAGCAACGGGUAGAGCAGCAGCCGGCAGAGCAGGAGCGGGCAGAGCAGCCCCCGGCAGAGCAGGAGCGGGUAGAGCAGCAGCCGGCAGAGCAGCAGCCGGCAGAGCAGCAACAGCAGGCGCAACAACAACAACAACAACAGCAGCAGCAGCAGCAGGCGGCGGAGAACGGAGACCUGCUGCCCAUGGUGUUCCUCUGCGGCGGCUGCAAGCGGCCGGUGGGCGACACGCUGAGCUGGGUGACCAACGACGAGGAGGGGGGCUGCAUCCUGCUGCGCAGUGCGGCCGACAACGUCUCGGUGGACCCGGAGCGGAAGCUCUCCAAGCGGCCGGGAGAGUGCGGAUGCAUGGUUGAAACAUUAUCCUGCUCUGGCUGCUCAGUGACACUCGGCAACAUCUAUAGAUGCACCCCAAAGCAUCUUGACUACAAGAGGGAUUUGUUCUGUUUCAAUGUUGACUCAAUUGAAAGUUACAUUCUAGGAUCCUCAGAAAAGCAAGCUCUUACUGAUGAGGAACCUUUAACUCUUGAAAGUCGAGCUGUCUUGGAAGAGUUGCUAAAAAGGACAGAAACUAUAUUAAAGGCUCUGGAGACACGACUGACUACGGUUGAAUCAAGUAUAGCUUCUCUUCACAAUAAAGCCUGAAAGAAUUUACAUGCAUGAAGUUUAACCACAGGAGAAUGAUCUGUGUGAAAUUUGUGCUUGUAAUCCUCUGGAAUCUGUGGGAGCAUUGAAAAAGCUGUGCAAAGAACUGAAAGACAUUGUUGGCUCAUGCUGCAGUGGAACAAUGCUGACUAUGGGCCCUCACCAUAGAUAAGGAGUUCCUUUCUUUUCUGCUGAAAGGAUAUGCCAGAAAGAAAUGGAUUUUUUAAAAUCAAAUUUCUGUAGAUUUUUGGUUUAAAUGUAAAUAUUUAUUUAAAUUGUUAUCUCUGACAGUAAAGCAUUUAUCUCCUUACUUCCCUGCUACUCAGUAUCUACUGAACUGGGUGUGCUUCUUUUUCCUAAACCAAUAAAAAGACACCUGUGAUGUCUGAAGGAGCAACCUGUCAUUUUUCUCAUCUCCACAGCCUUUGCUUGACCUGCGCUCAGAGAUGGGAAUGGCACAGAAAGUGUAUAGGGUGGUUUAUUGGUUGUUUCUCUUUUUUUUUUGCGACCUUGGGGCUAAAAUGUAAUGUGAAAGAAGGCUUUAAAAGCACUAGGUAAAAUGGCUUUCCAUGCAGUAUUGAAGAUCGUAUGUAUUACAGCUUCAAGGGGAGGAAAGUAAAGAAGGCUGGUAGCAGCACACCUUUAAGCAGAGCUUGGUGUGUAUUUGAGCAAUGAAUAAAAAUGCUGAUUAAGAACACUUGUCACUAUUUUGUUGUUCAAUGCAGUUACUUCAGUUAUUUGUCUUUGGUCUUUUGUGUAUUUAAUCAAUUAUCAGUGUUUCUUAUGUAGUUUAAGUGUCCAAAGUAUUUUUUUUUUAAAUAAAAGCAAGCAGUUGUAGUCUAAAGGAAGAAUAAUUUUGAAAAGGUCUUUUUUGUUACCUAGCACUACUUAAUUUUACUGCUUCAAGUUUUCUACAAAAACCUAGAAUGAAUUUCCCACUGUUCUCCCCCAUUGGUAGGUGCUGUUUCUCUCAUAAAAGAUUCUUCCCCCCCCCCCCCCCCUUCUCUUCUUCUCUAAUUGCUGCUUUGUUUUGAAGUAGUAUUCAAGUUUAACCUGUAGUGAUGAGUCUUCUAUUCUUUCAUGUUUGGGUAACUAAAACAUUUUGUUAUUUGCAUACCUGCCAAAGGAAUUGUUAAAAGCACUAAUCCUUCUAAUCAAAUUACUCCAGCGUAACUUUUGAGGCAGUUUCUUACCAAUGUCCAAAAACUUGUUAGGGAAGUGACAUAGUAGACUUCAUCCUGGAUGUCUGAAGAGAACCAGAGAACACUCUGCCCUUCAGUUGAAGGUUGGUUGAUGUUUCUCAUUAUAUACAGAGUUUUUGUUGGUAAUGUUAACAGCUGAGGGCUUGAUAGACCUACCUUUUCAGAUGUAAUGCUUUUCCCAGAUACAUAUGUAUUUUUUCUUUAACAUGUGGUUUUCCUUUUCUGUUAAGGACAGCUAUGGGAGCAGGGACAGAAGCCCAUAAAGAUUUCUGUAGACUUUUUUUUUUUUGAGAUGAACAUGUAUUCAAUUUCUUUAACCAAAGAUUGAGACUGUAUUGAGACAAGACAGCAUAAUCUUUUACAUCUGUAUUCUAACAAAGUAGCAGCAAGACACAAAGGUGCAAAGAUAAACUUGCAUGUUUUUCUGAUGCUUCCCUAUCCAAAUUACUGGCAUGUUAGAGGUGGAAGACUUGUGGAAUAAUUACUAAAUUGGCCAAGAAUACAAAAAUACAGCAUUGUUCACACAUUAAGGAAAGUCAUAAAAUCGAGAGGCUUCUGAGGUAGAAUACAGCCGCAGCCAGCACAUGAAGAAUGCAACAUCUGUGAUUCCCUGUACAAGGUUGUUUGUGAAACUACACGAGGGAUGGAACGGAACGCGCUUGUUCCAUGGCCUUCCCUUGUGACGAAUAGCAGAUAUGGGGACGAGAUGGUACUACGGAACUGAUAAGCGGCCUACACGCUACCCGAGCCAACAUUUCGUCAAAUGUUGAUGAAAUGCUGUCCUUUUGUGCGAACUUUGCUCACCACAAUGUACCAAAACACACCUCCAUCCCGGAGGCUAUCCGCCCCCGAGGUGUGAACACUCCUCCUUGAAUACAUUAAUCAUAAUAAAAGUACAUAUGACUAAAGUCACUCAAACUCCACUUUGAAGAUAAAAAAAUAAUAUAAAAAUAGCCCAAGAGAGAGGGAAUGUCAGGGAAGACACCAUCGCGAAGAAUUCCACCGCUGAUUUCCGGGAUCAGUCGACGGGCGGAGCCUUUCUUCCCCCCCAUAGGGACGCCUUUGGCUACUAUAGGAAAAAUACCUGCUGAAGAAGGAACCCAA